AUUAUAUUUCUCAUAUCCAAUGGAACAACACGUUGAAUAAUUUCCGUAUUAGUCUGUUUAAUCAACAUUUGAAGCAAGUAAACCAAAAAGACCUUAUCAAAAAAUUUCUUAAGAAACCAGGUCUCAAAUUCUUCAUGCAUUGACAGUAGAGAAACUGCCCUUAUGCAAUGUAAGUUAAUUUUUACAAAUUAAAAGGUAGCUGAAAUGUUUAAAACGAAGGCCUGUACAUGUAAAGCAAUUUUACAGACUUAUGAAUUGGAAGGCCGAAGAGAAAAGAAGACCAGUAGAAGAGAGCGAGUAGAAAUAGAUUCACACCUUAAAAUAAUUGUUAUAGACCCUUUGGGCCGAUCUAACUAUGAAUACAAUAAUAUUAAACAUUCUAAAGUAUUUUAUAUAAACUUAUUAAAAUAUUUUAGAUGUAUACAGAAGAAAAAGAACUCAGCAGAAAGGAAGAAAAAUAACUCAAAAGAAGAUUACAAUAAGAAAUAUUAACUUAAUUGGAGGAACUAUAAACUGGAUGCUACAAUGUUUAAUAGACAAUAUCUUAGGAUAAUAAUACUGAUGAAAAAGCUCCAGGAAAUAUUGCUCGAGGAGUCAAUAUGAGUUUAUAAUUAAUUUAAUAGAAGUUAAAAUUGGAUGGAAUCAGUCUAGGUAAGAAUGAAAAAAAAAAGUUAAAGGAACUUAAAAAAAAAGAGUAAUAAAUUGUAUAAGAAAAUAUGAUAAAAGUUGAAGAGGGAAAAAGUAAUUAGAAUUCAGCUUUUUAAUAAGAAUUAAAAUAGGAAAUUCCAAAACCUAAUAUAGUAUGUGAUCUUGGAUAGAAUUAUAGUAAAAUUAAACAAUUUAUAGAAAAUGUUAAUUAAAAAUCCUAAAUAAACCCAUAAAUAAUUGAUAAAUUAAACUACUUAACAAAUGAAACUAUAUUCUAAAUGAGUCUGAAAUAAAGAUUGUAAGAUAAAGAUUUUUAGGUAUCAAUUUUGAAACAUAAUGUCUCGAGAUACUUAAAAUAAUUUUUUUUAAGUAAUUGA